GUGACCCAUUUCCUCUUGCGGCCGCCGCUGCUGCUGUAGCCAAAUGUUAAAAACAACAACAGCAGAACUCAGCAACCCUGCGGUCAAAAUAUCGUUUGGUUCGCUUAAUAAAAAAAAACCUUCAACGAGUCAAAGCUGUUGUGACAAUCUUCACGACGGACGGUAAAGGAAGUGGGUCACCAUUUGACGGGGAAGCCACUUGAUUUGAAACACCGCGCUCUUCUCUCGCCGAGGCUCUUCUAAAUUCUACUUGUAAACAGUUUGCUUUAGCCGCGGUGCGAAUGACAGUCCGCGGAGGACAGAGAGCCGGUACAUGUAGCGCGAACCAGCGGAGCAUCGAGUCCAUGGAGGUGGUGGAGAGCCCGCUGAACCUGGCUCACCAGCAGAGCCGGAAGGCGGACCGCCUGGUGUCUGCCGGGAAGUAUGAGGAAGCCAUCUCCUGCCACGCCAAGGCAGCAGAUCUUCUGACUGAAGCCAUGAAGACCACGGAGUGUGAGCAGGCCCGUCUGUCCCUGGAGCUCCAGAGAGACAGUCACAUCAAGCAGCAGCGUCUGAUCCAGGAGCGCUGGAAGAGGGAGGUCCGCCGCGAGGCCACCAAGGCCCGGCAGGGUCCGGCGGCGCCGCCCGCCGCCGGGGGCCAGCAGCCGCCGCCCCCCGGCGCCACGGCCCCGCCCCCCGGGGAGAGGGAGUACGACACCCUGCUGUACCAGCUGCAGACCCGGCGCGCCGGCGGCGGCCGGCCCCCGGCCCAGCCCUGUCCCGGGUCCAAGACCACCAAGGACGACAAGACCCGGCUGGAGGAGCAGCAGACCACCAUCGAGGACCUGCGCCGCCUGGUGGACCACCUGCUGAACGAGAACCAGCGGCUGGCGGCCGAGAACGAGCUGCUGCGCCGCGACAACCUGCGGCUGCGCUCCGAGGCCGCCGACCUGGUGGAGCGCUCCGAGCUGUGGGUGCUGCCCCAGGCCGGCGCCGGGGCCCCGGGGCCCGGCCCGGACCGGCCCGCCGCCGGCGCCGGCAAGGGCAAGGAGAUCGCCAUCCCCCAGCUGCCCCCGCUGGAGAUGCCCGCUCAGGAGGACCUGUGUCUGGACGACCUGCCGCCGCUGGAGCUGCCGCAGGACAUCCAGGAGGAGCUGCAGGAGCUGCUGGACAGGGACAGGCCCUGAGCGGGGACAGGGACAACACCUGGACAGGGACAGGCCCUGAGCGGGGACAGGGACAACAUCUGGACAGGCACAGACUCUGGACAGAGACAGAGACAAACCCUGAGCAGGGACAAGCCCUGAGCAAGGACAGGGACAGACUGUGGACAGAGGCAGAGUUGUCCAGGACCUGGACACUCAGGAUCCUGUUCUUAAAGGAACCUUGUGUCCACUCAUGUCUGCCACGUCUCUGAAACUGAAGCAAAUCAAGCAGAUUUUCCGUCUCUCUCAGAAUUCAGGUCAUCUCUGUCUGAACACACACACACACACACACACACACACACACACACACACACACACACACACACACACACACACACACACACACACACACAGCCUGCUCAGAUCUCUGUUCUCUGAAGGAAUCUGUUCAAAAAUCCUUUUUUUUCUUGACCGGCUGGAUUGGACCCUCUCGUGGGCCGAUUUUGGGCCACGGGCCUUAUGUUUGACACCCCUACUGCAGGAGGAAAAAAAACAUCUGUUCGGGUCAUGAAACUCAGACUUCUGAAGGUACAUGGAAAUGUUAAAUCCACCACACUUGUGUGUGUGUGUGUGUGUGUGUGUGUGUGUGUGUGUGUGUGUGUGUGUGUGUGUGUGUGUGUGUGUGUGUGUGUGUGUGUUGUCCCUGCUGGGCUUCACAACCUGAACGGUUCCAGUGAGAACAUGGUCCGUUUCAGGUCGGCGGUCAGAUCUCUCUCUCUCUCACACACACACACACACACACACACACACACUCUCUCUCUCACGCACACACACACACACACACAGGCAUUAACCAGUGAAUCAAAUGUGACUUUCUCUUCAGCCUUUGUUCACCUGAUUCAUUAAUGUGUUCAUUUUUCAGUGUAUUUAUUUCCAUCUGGGUUUGUUUCCGGUAUGAUUUCGUUGCAUUUCCCCAGAAAUAAAUCAGAAUCCACCUCCA